AUGGAGAAGCGACGAGACGGAGAAGCGACGAGACGGAGAAGCGACGAGAUGGAGAAGCGACGGUACGGAGAAGCGACGAGACGGAGAAGCGACGAGACGGAGAAGCGACGAGACGUGGGAGGCGACGAGACGUGGGAGGCGACGAGACGUGGGAGGCGACGAGACGUGGGAGGCGACGAGACGUGGGAGGCGACGAGACGUGGGAGGCGACGAGACGUGGGAGGCGGCGAGACGUGGGAGGCGGCGAUACAUGGAGGCGGCGAGACGUGGAGGCGGCGGGACGUGGAGGCGGCGAGACGUGGGGGUGGCGAGACGUGGGGGCGGCGAGACGUGGAGACGGCGAUACGUGGAGGCGGCGAUAUGUGGAGGCGGCGAGACGUGGAGGCGGCGAGACGUGGAGGCGGCGAGACGUGGAGGCGGCGAGACGUGGAGGCGGCGAGACGUGGAGGCGGCGAGACGUGGAGGCGGCGAGACGUUGAGGCGGCGAGACGUGGGGGCGGCGAGACGUGGGGGCGGCGAGACGUGGGGGCGGCGAGACGUGGGGGCGACGAGACGUGGAGGCGGCGAGACGUGGAGGCGGCGAUACGUGGGGGCGGCGAUACGUGGGGGCGGCGAUACGUGGGGGCGGCGAGACGUGGAAGCGGUGAGACGUGGAGGCGGCGAGACGUGGAGGCGGCGAGACGUGGAGGCGGCGAGACGUGGAGGCGACGAGACGGAGAAGCGACGAGAUGGCUUCAGUCGCAGACACCGACUUAUCUGUGCCUAUCUCCCGUGCAAUAUUGA